AGAGAUCCUGAACACAGCUAUUCUCACUGGGAAAACAGUGGCUGUCCCUGUCAAAGUGAUCUCUGUAGAAGAUGAUGGGACUGUGACUGAUCUUCUGGAAUCUGUGGAGUGCAGAUCAUCAGAUGAAGAUGUCAUUAAGGUUUCUGACAGGUGUGACUAUGUCUUUGUCAAUGGGAAGGAAAUGAAAGGCAAAGUGAAUGUCAUAGUUAAUUUUACUUACCAGCAUCUGAGUGCCCCUUUAGAAAUGACAGUCUGGGUUCCUCGUCUCCCGCUGCAGAUAGAGGUCUCUGACACAGAACUAAAUCAGAUCAAGGGAUGGAGAGUCCCCAUCAUCUCUAAUAAGAGACCAGCCAGGGACAGCGAUGAUGAAGAAGAGGAUGAACGGAAGGGAAGAGGCUGUGCCCUUCAGUACCAGCACGCGAUGGUCCGGGUCCUCACACAGUUUGUGGCUGAAGCCCCGGAGCCUGGUGGCCAGCUGAGCUAUUUGCUGGGUUCUGACUGGCAGAUCGACAUCACCGACCUGGUGAGCGACUUCAUGCAGGUGGAGGAGCCAAGAAUUGCUAAGCUGCAGGAUGGACAGGUUUUGAUCGGGCAGGAGCUUGGAAUGACAACAAUUCAGAUCUUGUCCCCACUUUCAGAUGCUAUUUUGGCUGAGAAGACAGUGACAGUUCUGGAUGAGAAGGUGACAAUAACUGACCUGGGAGUGCAGCUGGUAACUGGAUUGUCACUCUCUCUGCAGCUCAGCCCAGGAAGCAAUAAGGCCAUCUUUGCUACAGCAGUAGCACAAGAGCUGCUCCAGUCUCCAAAACAGGAAGCAGCCAUCAGCUGCUGGAUCCAGUUCAGUGAUGGAUCUGUCAUGCCUCUGGAUAUUUAUGACUCCAAAGACUUCUCCUUAUCAGCUACAUCUCUGGAUGAGAAGGUGGUCUCCAUUCACCAUGACCCCAAGUUCAAGUGGCCUGUGAUUGCAGCUGAGAGGGAAGGCCAGGGGACACUGGUGAAGGUGGAGAUGGUGAUCAGUGAAUCGUGCCAGAAAUCCAAAAGGAAGAGCAUCCUGGCUGUUGGAAGUGGUAGCAUUAAAGUGAAGUUUGGGCAGAGUGAUGCCAACCCUAACGUCAGCGAUAGUAAACACAGGGGUGCUGGUGUCCACCUAGAAAAUCAUGCCAGCGACCGGCGUCAAAAAACCACUUUGCAGGAAAGAGCUGGGCCAGAUGGCCAGUAUUACAGCUCCUCCAUGGGCCAAGAGCAAGGCAAAGGGACCACCACUCAAAAGUCUAUUCUAAGUAAAAAAGAAGACAGAGAGAGCCUCCUGGAUGAUGACAGUCAUCUGCAGAACAUCCCAAUAGAUUUCACGAGCUUCCCUGCACAGGUGGAUCUGCCAAGAAACAAUGGAGACUUGGAAGAGAAUGACCUGCUACAGACCCCCAGGGGGCUCAGUGAUCUGGAGAUAGGAAUGUAUGCUCUGCUAGGAGUCUUUUGCCUGGCAAUUCUGGUCUUCCUUAUCAACUGUGUCACUUUUGCUUUGAAGUACAGAAACAAACAAGUUCCCUUCGAAGAACAAGAAGGUCUGAGCCACUCUCAUGACUGGGUUGGGCUGAGCAACAGGACAGAACUUCUGGAGAAUCACAUAAAUUUCUCAUCUCAACAAGACGAACGUAUUACAGCCAUUGAUAGAGGAGUGGACUAUGAAGAAAGCAAAUAUCUCCUCAACACAAAUGCCCCCCAGAAUAUUAAUGGACAAGCUUUUAGGUCUACUGAGUCCACAUUCACUGAAGGGAAAGAACAGAAAAGUGAACCAACUACUUCUCCUACCUCUAAGAGGAAACGGGUUAAAUUCACCACAUUUACCACCAUCUCCUCUGAUGAUGGAUGUCCAACUGUCAACUCAAUCUUGAUGAGCAGUGAAGAUGAUAUUAAAUGGGUUUGCCAGGAUAUGGACCUGGGGGAGUGCAAAGAACUUAAAAACUAUAUGGAGAGAUUACAUGAAAAUGUGUAAUAAGACACAAAAGACUAUUUGGUUUGGUUUGUUUGUUCAUUUGUUUUUCACUCACCUUCUGCCUUUAAUUUUGGGUAGUGGGGCAAAAUGCUGUAUUGAUCACAAGAAUCAGCUGAUGGAUAAUAACUCCAUGAAGCCCCUAAAAGCCACCCAAAAGCAGCUGGGAGAGCAGAGAUCCUGGGCAGCUCUUAAAAUACAAAUACAAGUCUUCUCUGUGCUCAGAGAUGGGAAUGAGAGAUGUGUGAGAUUUUUUGAUUCAUGGUAACAUGACAAAAAACUUAGCAAAAUAAUACGGUCUCCUUCUCUGAGCUGUCCCAGGAAAUCAAUAAAUAUAACAAACUCCAGUGCAGUUUGGAUAUUACAAAAUUCGUUCAGCUCUACUGUUCAAUAUUGCAAGCUUUGUUUAAAAGCAAAAAAAUUGGACUAAGAGUAAAUAGAUCAACGAAGAGAGCAUGUCACAUUCAAGCCACAUGCAGGGCAUAUCCAUCUGAGAAUGUUAGUUUAAAGCUGAGAAAAAUCAACAGUGUGAGCAGAGCAGCUCCCAGAGAUGCAAAGUCAUGAAUUUCCAAAGAAUCUGAUGGGAAAAAUGGAGUAACUGGGCUGUUUACAAACCAGCACGUUUGCCUCCCAAGCACUGAGAAUGGAUACACGUACACAGUUAAAACUGAAACUGUCUUUUUAAGUAGAUGCCAAGGUAAUAAACUUUGCCAGCCAAUUUUCAGUAUUUCUUAAUUUGUAAAAAGAAGAAGAUAUAAUCUAUACUCAGAAUUCCGCCCAUUUAAAGGAAGGUCCAUUUUGGAAAGUUUGAGGGAACAAGCUAUUUUUAAAAGCCCACUUUCUUUGAUUGUCCUGUUUCAAAUUUAUAUUCCCUGCCAUUUCCCUGGAACGCUCCCAGCUGGAUACCCUGAGGGCACUUGCUAGCAUCAGUCAUAUCUGGAAGUGUGGAGGAUUCUCCCUCCCCUUCCAUGCACACCGUCUUCUCCAUGGUGUGCUCUGUCUCUCCAGGCACAGGCAGGGUUGGUACCAUGCUGGUACUUGCUUCAUGUGCUGUCGUUUACCAAAGUUGACCUCUCUCUCUUGGGUAAGCAUGACUUGUGCAGGACUCAGACACAAACAGCAGCUGUCUCUUUGUUUGUCCCCUUCCCUGGGAGAGGUCAGGUUGUUUGGUUCCUUCUGCUCAUGCUUCUUUAGUCCCCUGCCCAGCACGUUUAGAGGGCACUGAAAGGCCACACAGAAGUGCUGCACAGCCAACACUGUUGAAAUCUGAACAGCUCAACUCGGUAGAUAACGUUUUGUUUCUCCCAGAAGUGAUGGUUAUCUUUUGUUUUCCUCUGAUAAGGAUGUACAUAGGGUAAGAUUUCAGUGAUUUCCCUUUGAGUCUGGUAUACCCUUCAGCCCUAAAACCACAACAUUUCUUGUGAGGUCCAAAAGCGGUUUCCAGUGACCGGUGGCAAAGUGCCAAAGCAGUAACUAAAUUCUGGCAUAUAUUUCAAGUUUUCCUUUCUUUUCCGGAGUGAGCCCUUGCCCCCUUUUUAUUAUUAAGUCUCUUUCUGUCAUUGAAUCUAGGUUGCUCUGUUUAAUACACCCACCCUCCCACAAACACUUAGAUUGAAUCCCUCUAUAUUUAGAAUGUACUGUAGAUUGUAAGAAUGUAAUAUAUAUAUUUAUAAAUAUGCCAACUGUGAAUAAAAUUUGCAUUUU